AUGUACCAGCAUAUCCUGGCCUUGGCAUUUGCUAUAAAGGAGAUCAACGAGAAUCCCAAACUCUUACUGAACAUCACUCUGGGCUUCCAUAUUCUCAACAACUACUACAUUGCAAAGAUGACUUAUAAGGCUACCUUGAACCUGCUUUGCACACAGAAACAGGCUGUCCCAAAUUUCAUCUGUGAUGCUCAGAAAAAACUAGUUGCUAGCAUUGGAGGACUUAUGACUGAGACUUCUGCCAUUAUGGCCAACAUUUUUGCUGUCUACAAGGUUCCACAGAUGGUCCCUGAUGAAUCCUAUCAGUACACUGGAGUUGUCCGGUUACUUCAGCAUUUUGGAUGGACAUGGAUUGGACUCCUGGCUGUGGAUGAUGACUAUGGGGACAGGUUUCUACAGGCCAUGGUGCCUUUGCUUACCCAGAAUAGCAUCUGUUAUGCAUUCAUUCUUAGACUACCAAAACGGUCUUACUUCGAUGAUUAUGCAGACUUCAUAGUAGGGCAGGUGAAUAAUUAUCUAGUUCUCAUGGAAAGAAAAGCCAAUGUAUGUUUUGUAUAUGGAGAAUUUCCAUCCUGGCCUGAUCUACGAAUGAUGCUGUUUUGUGCACCAUUUUUCUCAUUGCCACCUCUGGCUAAAGUGUGGAUUGUUACAUCCCAAUGGGAUUUUGAAUCACUGUCUAUUCAAAGGAUGUGGGACAUCCAGCAUUUCCAUGGUGCUAUAUCUUUCACAGUUCACUCGAAUCAGCCACUGGGAUUCCAACAAUUUGUUCACAAUAUAAAGCCUUUCUGGGCAAAAGAAGAUCAUUUUAUUCAGAAUUUCUGGGAGCAAGCGUUCAGCUGUUCCUUUAAAAUUUUCAAUGUGAAUGUGGAGACCAGCAAAUUCUGCACUGGUGAGGAGAAGUUGGAGAGUCUUCCUCAUACUUUUUUUGAAAUGAAUAUGAUUGGGCAUAGCUACAAUAUCUACAAUGCUGUUUAUGCUGUAGCACAUGCACUGCAUGCCAUCUAUGUAUCCAGCUCCAAACACAAAAGAUUGCUAGAAGAAGGGGAAGUGGGAUUACAGAUUGUGCAGUCAUGGCUGCUCCAUCACUUCCUAAAGUGCACCUUCUUCAACAACAGUGCUGGAGACACUGUGAGUUUUGAUGAAAAUGGACAAUUAUUAGCAGAUUUUGAUGUUACAAACUGGGUAACUUUCCCAAAUAACUCUUUUGUUAGAGUAAAAGUUGGAAGACUGGAACCUCAUGCUCCUCUAGGCAAAGAGCUGACUCUUCAUGAUAAUCACAUUUUGUGGCACAGAAGCUUUAAUCAGAUCCAGCCCCUUUCUGUUUGCAAUGACAACUGCUAUCCUGGCUACAGCAGAAAAAAGAAGGAAGGAGAGAGAUUUUGCUGCUACGAUUGUGUUUCAUGUCCAGAAGGAAUGAUCUCUGACAAGAAGGACAUGGAUGCCUGUAGUAAUUGCCCAGAAGAUCAGUAUCCCAACAAGGACCAAAAUCAGUGCAUUCCCAAGAUUUUAUCCUACCUCUCUUUUAAUGAACUUUUAGGAAUCAUCUUUACUACAUCAGCAAUUUCUUUCUCUUUGAUUACAGUAUUAGUGAUUGGAGUAUUUAAGAAGUACCAGGACACUCCCAUAGUGAAAGCCAACAACAGGACCCUCACCUACAUCCUCCUCGUCUCCCUCCUUCUAUGUUUUCUCUGUUCCUUGCUCUUCAUUGGACAUCCUGGAAAGGUGACUUGCCUCCUCCGACAAAUGGGUUUUGGCCUUGUCUUCUCUAUGGCUCUCUCCUCUGUGUUGGCCAAAACUAUCACUGUGGUUAUGGCCUUCAUGGUAACAAGACCAGGAUCCAGGAUGAGGAAAUGGGUGGGGAAAAGAAUGGCAUAUUCUAUUGUCCUUUCUGGCUCAUUCUUUCAAGUAGGCAUUUGUACGGUUUGGGUGAUUACUUCUCCUCCAUUUCCAGAUACAGACAUGCACUCAAUGAAUGAGGAAAUCCUAUUUGAAUGUAAUGAGGGUUCACCCACCAUGAUUUAUUGUGUCUUGGGUUAUUUGAGCUUCCUGGCAACUGUCAGCUUCACUAUGGCUUUCCUAGCCAGGAAGUUACCUGACAGUUUCAAUGAAGCCAAAUUCAUCACUUUCAGCAUGCUAAUCUUUUGUAGUGUUUGGGUGUCUUUUGUUCCAGCAUACCAGAGCACAAAAGGAAAAUACACGGUAGCUGUGGAGAUCUUCUCCAUCUUGUCCUCCAGUGCUGGAUUACUUGGUUCUAUUUUCUCCCCUAAAUGCUACAUUAUUAUUCUGAGGCCUGAGCUGAACUACAAGGAACAUCUAAGAAGGAGAACAAAGUAA